GCCACACUUAAAGAAAAAAGCGGGAAGCAUUUCAACCCAAGCGAAGCGUCUGCAAAUUAAACAAAGAAAGCAUUUAUAUAUAAAUUUGUGCCGUCUAACUUUGACUCAACUAUGCGACGAUCCGCAAAAAAAAGGGGCGCUCGGCGUGCCGGCCAAAGUUCAAAGGCAACAUUGGUGGACUUGGACACGGAUGAUGACAGCUCCACAUUUGAAUCGCCAGUCGAGGAAGAUGGCACCGACUACGGCUUGGAGUUUACCACGAGUCGUCUAAAUUUGCAAGAUGAGAGCAAUCGGCGCACCUCGACGCAGCGCAAAAACACAUCUGCUCGUCGGACUCGACAGAAUCAGGAAUCAGAUUCUUCUGAGGAGGAGAAUCGCGACCCAGAGCCAGCAAACCGUCGCACACCAGGAAAAGGACAAGGACCAGUACGGCCGACACACAACACUUCAAAUCGCAAUCUCCGCUUGGCAAAACCACAGCCACAGCAGGCUGGAGCCACUGGACCGCCGCGUCGAAUAAUUACGAACGCCGUGGUGCGUGCCGCCAAAAUGAAUCAAGAAGUGCGAAUUCUGCAGGCGCAGCCCACAUUGCUGUUGCCCCGCCUGCCGUUUUCUCGCUUAGUUCGUGAAUUGAUGUCCCAGUUCACUGGCCCAUGUUCGUUUAGGAUAACCAGCGGCGCCUUGGAGGCAUUGCAAACGUCGUCGGAAAUGUAUAUAACCCAACGCUUACAAGACGCCUAUCUGCUCACGCUGCAUCGCCAACGAGUGACACUGGAGGUCCGCGAUAUGGCGCUUAUGGCCUGGCUCUGCAAUCCCUCCCGCUAAAUCUAUUCAUUUGCUAAACUUAUGUUGUUGUUUAAGGAUAGUUUAAGUCGUUUAUAUAUAUAAGAAGUGAAUAAUGAAUGAUUUUUUAUUAGGUUUCUGUUAAAUAAAUGAAAGUUUUUUGUUUGAGUUCUAA